CCGAAGCCAAAAUUUUGUUGCAUGACAAUUGACAAGACCAAUUUAUUAGGCCUUCGUGUUUGGGUAGAUAAAUCUGUGUCAAAGUUCAUGAGGAAUUCUUAUCAGCGUAGACUAAACUCAUAAACCUGGGUCCAUCCAUCAUAUUAGGUGAGUAAAGAUAGAAGAAUAACUUUGUAGUGUAGUGUAGUGCAGUGUAGUAUUGUCAAAUAAUUGAUAUAAUUGUCUUCACACACUGUCCACUCAUUAAAAAUUCCACAGAUGUGAUGAGAUAGGAGUUAAUAAACACAGCAAGGAAUAAGAGAGGGGUAAUUAAUAAUCAAAGCAAGAAAAUGAGGUAGCAAUAUCAUAGUGCCAAACUCUGAUAAACCCCAGCAUCUCUUCAAUAGUAUGAAGAAGAGACUUGCCCUUGUGUUGUUGCUGUGCGCUGUGGUUCCAUGCUAUGUGAUAAGCGAUGCAUCAACAGCAACAAUACCCGCAUUCCCUGAAGAGGAAAACGUUGAGGGGUGCUCUCUGAGUUUCUCCGACGAGCACUACCAAGGGAUCAAGAAUGCCUGUGGAUCCAGCCUGGACCGCAGCAGGUGCUGCCCCGUGUUGGCUGCCUGGCUUUACUCUGCCUACUCCUCAACGGCACUGAAGCAUGCUGCUGCUGAUGCUGAUGCUGAUGCUGCUUCAUCAUAUUCAUAUGAUAUGCCCUUGUUGCCGGAUGACUCGGAAACGUGCGUUGCUGGUUUAGGUAAGGCCCUCAAAGGCAGGGGAAUCCAGCUGAUGCAACCCAACGACACCUGCGAUGUUGUCUACUGCUACUGCGGGAUCAGGCUGCACCCCUUCACCUGCCCUCAUCAAAGUUUUCACACCCUCCAAAAUUUGAACUUGGAGAACCGUUGUCUCACUCCAACUGCUUUCCCGCCUCUUUCUUCAUGCUCCAACUGCUUGCAUACCCUCUACUCUCUUAAAAAGAAGGCUUCUUCAAAUUCAAGCAAAGCAUCAGAGAACAGGACCACCAAGAUCCACAACAAAGAUUGUGAGCUCAUGGGGUUGACAUGGCUUCUGGCCAGGAACACGACAGCAUACAUUCACACAGUUUCCGCGGUUCUUCGGGCUUUGAUGCUCAGUGCUGACGGAUCGGACCCUCAAUCCUGCACUCUGAACAGCGAAGGAAAGCCUCUCGCCGUCGAUUCUUCCGAGAUGUCUGAUACUUCCUCAUCAGCCAUCCUGCAAGCCCCAACCCUCCUUUCUUUGUUACUUGUUUAUUUGAUAACGCUACUUGGUAUGCAGCAUGUCAUUGUCAUUUUAUUAUACACCUAAUUCAAAAACAAAUAAAAUAUAUAUCUCCAACAUGGCAACUUUGUAAAUUUGAAUGUCUGUUUUUGGUUGAUGCAUGUGUUUGAUACAAAAAUCAUGGGGUGGGACAUGUAUUGCCAUGUGGUAAUAGUGACCAAUGCCCGGAUUUGGAGGGACAAAAUUUGGAUGUAGCGUCACUUGUUGCGCUGGCAUUAUUUUAAAUAUUGUGUUUCCUUCUUCA